AUGAAAAGAGAUCGUGAGCGCAAUAAAACAGAUUCGGCGGCGUCCACCGCCGGAAAAUCGAAUCUUUGGCCGGAGCCGCAGCCGCAGGACGCCGGCAUGGACGAGCUUUUCGCCGUCCUGGGGUACAAGGUAAAGUCCUCGGACAUGGCCGAGGUCGCCGAGAAACUGGAGCAGCUGGAGAUGGCAAUGGGCACCACCGCCGCCGCCGCCGCGGCGGGAGACGACGGAGUUUCCUCCCUCCUUUGCGACAACACCGUCCACUACAACCCGUCGGAUCUCUCGGGCUGGGUCGACUCCAUGCUGUCGGAGCUCGAUUUCUCGACCCAGAUCGGGAUUUCGGGACAAUCUUCUGGCGGCUUCACCGGCUUCUCGAACGGCGACGACGACCUGAGGGUGAUUCCCGGCGGCGCGGUCCUUGGAGACGGCAGCAAGCGGCUAAAAUCGUCUCCUGGAUCUGAGAUUCAGAUUCCCCCGAGCGGGUCUCUAUCCGGUCCGGCGGUGACGGCGGCGGAGGAGGAGGCCCCGCGGCCGGUUGUUGUGGUGGACUCGCAGGAGGCCGGCGUGAGGCUCGUUCACAUGCUGAUGGCGUGCGCGGAGGCCGUACAGCAGGGGAACGCGAAGCUGGCCGAUGCUCUGGUCAAGAACAUCGGCGUGUUGGCCGUCUCUCAGGUGGGGGCCAUGAGGAAGGUGGCCACAUACUUCGCCGAGGCCCUGGCCCGAAGGAUCUACCGGAUUCGCCCGCCGGAAUCCCUCGGCCCCUCGUACAGCGACAUUUUGCAGACCCAUUUUUACGAGACGGGGCCUUAUCUCAAAUUCGCGCACUUCACGGCCAACCAGGCGAUUCUCGAGGCGUUCGCCGGAGCUGAUAGGGUCCACGUGGUCGAUUUCAGCCUGAAACAGGGGAUGCAGUGGCCGGCCUUGAUUCAGGCUUUGGCUGUGCGGCCGGGCGGCCCGCCGAUUUUUCGACUCACUGGAAUCGGGCCGCCUCAGCCCGAUAACGGCGACGCUUUGGAACAGGUGGGUCUGAAAUUGGGACAGCUGGCGGAGACGAUAGGGGUCGAGUUCGAAUUUCGUGGCGUGGUGGCUAAUUCCUUGGCCGAUCUGGAUCCGAGCUUGUUUGGUGUCGGGCCCGUAGAAGGCGAGUCGCUGGCCGUGAACUCUGUUUUCGAGCUUCACGGGCUUUUAUCCAGGCCCGGGGAAAUUGACAAGGUUCUGGGUUUAAUCCGAGCGAUAAAGCCGAAAAUCGUGACGGUGACCGAGCAGGAAGCGAACCACAACGGCUGCAGUUUUCUGGAGAGGUUCGACGAGGCCCUCCAUUACUAUUCCACCAUGUUCGACUCGCUCGAGGGAUUCGGGCCGGCUCGGCCCGAAACCCAGGACCUGGAGAUGACAGAGGUGUACCUCGCGCGGCAGAUAUGCAACGUGGUGGCCUGUGAGGGGCCGGACCGGGUCGAGCGGCACGAGCCCCUGGACCGGUGGCGGCGGCGGUUGGGGGCCGCGGGGUUCGAGCCGGUCCACCUGGGCUCGGAUGCUUUCAGGCAGGCUGGCUUGCUGCUGGAGCUCUUCGCCGGCGGGGAUGGGUACAGGGUGGAGGAGAACUGCGGGUGUUUGAUGCUCAGCUGGCACACGCGGCCGCUCAUCGCCACCUCGGCGUGGCGGCUGGCGGCGGGGGGAGCUGGGGGUUAG